CAACCUAGCGCGUCUCCGCCAGUUGAGCCGUGGAUCAAGAUGGCGGACUCAGUGGCAGCGGCUGUAGGAGAAGAGAUAGAACCGGAGAAAGAGAACAAGGAGAGGGAGAAACGGGAUGCAAAGGAGAGCGCCGAGGUAACGGAGACGCUGGGGUUUUACGACAAAAAGAAAGUCCAGAAAGACGACAAGCGGAACCUGUCUGACCUGUCUCUAGUCAGGUUUAUUGGGGCGGAGCUAACCAGAGGUUACUUCCUGGAACAUAAUGAGGCAAAAUACACGGAGCGACGUGAGAGGGUCUACACCUGUCUACGCAUACCGAAAGAACUGGAGAAGUUAAUGAUGUUUGGGUUCUUCCUGUGUCUGGACGCAUUCCUCUACGUCUUCACUCUACUUCCUCUCAGAGUCCUGCUGGCCCUUAUUCGACUGUUGACCUUACCCUGCUGUGGUCUCAGGGGGACUGUGGUCUUACAGCCAGCCCAGGUGUGUGAUGUGUUGAAAGGCUUCAUCAUGGUACUGUGUUAUGUGAUGAUGAGCUAUGUGGACUACAGUAUGAUGUACCAUCUGAUCAGGGGUCAGUCCGUCAUCAAACUGUACAUCAUCUACAACAUGCUGGAGGUGGCUGAUCGGUUGUUCUCGUCGUUUGGUCAAGACAUCCUGGAUGCCCUCUACUGGACUGCUACGGAGCCCAAGGAGAGGAAGAGAGCUCAUAUAGGAGUCAUCCCUCACUUCCUCAUGGCCGUCCUCUAUGUCUUUCUCCAUGCGAUCCUGAUCAUGGUCCAAGCCACAACUCUGAACGUUGCCUUCAACUCCCACAACAAGUCUCUACUGACCAUCAUGAUGUCCAACAACUUUGUGGAAAUCAAAGGAAGUGUGUUCAAGAAGUUUGAGAAGAACAACCUCUUCCAGAUGUCCAACAGUGAUAUAAAGGAGAGGUUUACGAACUAUGUUCUGUUACUUAUCGUCUGUCUACGGAACAUGGAACAGUUCUCAUGGAACCCUGACCACCUGUGGGUACUAUUUCCUGAUGUUGUCAUGGUGAUAGCGUCCGAGGUCACGGUGGAUGUUGUCAAGCAUGCCUUCAUCACCAAGUUCAACGACAUCACUGCAGAUAUGAUUCUCUGUCCUCAGGUGUAUCGGGAAUACAGAGCCAGCCUGGCCUUUGACCUAGUCAGCAGCAGACAGAAAAACGCCUACACAGACUAUAGUGACUCUGUCUCUCGGAGGAUGGGCUUCAUCCCCCUCCCCCUGGCACUGCUGUUGAUCCGGGUGGUGACCAGCUCAGUGAAGAUUCAGGGAUCUCUCUCCUUAAUGUGUGUUCUCCUCUUCUACCUGGGGAUGAUCAGUUUAAAGGUGUUGAACAGCAUUGUUUUGCUGGGGACUUCCUGUGGGUUGGUUAAGGAGGCCAAUAUGGAGGAGAAGCUCUUCCAGUCACCCCCCUCUGCUUCUUCCAGCCGCACCAACUCCAGAGCUCAUCGGCCCAAACAUACACCUCCCACAGCUGAGCCAAUCAUAGAAGACGGAGGCAUGUCUUCGGCAUCAGUCACAAGUCAGCCAACAUACCACAUGCCAGAGAUACCUUCCCCCGCUCUGCCCACCAGCCAAUCAGAUGAUCGUUUCCUGACCACGCCUGAUGACGAGGAUGACGACAAGGAUGUCUCUGCAGCCACUGGGGAUGAGGGGGAGGAGCUUAAACACAGAAACCCCACCCCGAAAAAAGACCUUCUGGAGAUUGACCGCUUCACAAUCUGUGGAAACCGCAUUGACUGAAACACAUAGAGGCCUCUUAUGACUGGCUGAUGCCAUGGUAACACCCUGGCAACCAGAGACUGGCCAGGGGUCAGGGUUUAGAGGUCAUAGAGGUUACUCAGACUCUGACUGAAUCCUUGGUAUUUAUUAUUUAUUAACAGCAUUUUUAGAUAGGUCAUAAGGCUACCUAAGGCUGUUAUAACUGCGGUUGGGGAGGUUCAUAAGGCUACGUAAGGAACGUUACAGCUGGACUAUGGAGCGUUCAGAAGCACAAGCAGCCUGCUGCCCACGGCAGAGGAAGGGUUAAACAUUAACGGACCGCUAGGAUUUCCUCUGGAGAUCUUUUGUCAAUUUUGUUAUAAUUUUUUAAAGAUUGAACAGUGUCGUGUUGUAACAGUCUUCUGUACUUUUCUACACAUUAUACAGGAAAGCAAAGUCUCUCACACACACACACUUGACCACGCUCUGUAACAACAGAUUAGAUGUCCGAAGACCCUUCUCAACCCCUGCUCCUGCAGUGGUCUGUGGAGGAACCUCGGCCACUCACCUCCUGCUCCUUCAGGAGUAGCGUCCUCCUGAUUAUGAUGGAGGCGUCCGGGUGGUGCCACCAUUCACAGAUUUACUUUGACUCCUCUGUAUUUGGGUGUAGCGGUCAGAUGGUUGGAGCUUUUAUCUCGGUAUUUGGGUGUAGCGGUCAGAUGGUUGGAGCUUUUAUCUCGGUAUUUGGGUGUAGCGGUCAGAUGGUUGGAGCUUUUAUCUCUCUAUUGGCCCCUGAGAGGAAGUCCUUUCAGGAGCUGGAGGGGUUUUCUGUUUCCUUAUUGGGUCGUGACAACCUGUGUUGGACGUGUUGAAUCAUUUAGAACUGAUCCCUCCACAAGUCUGGACCUCCAGUUCCACUCCAUCAUUUCAUUCCACCUUUCUAAAUGACUACGUGGACUUGGGGCACCAGGUGGGUGACAUUAAUGAUGAGGUAGAACAGAAAACCAGCUGCCUCUGAAACUUGUAGACUAAGAGUAGAAGAACCAGACUCACGUGUGUGAAACUGAACAUGAUGACAUGACACAACAGCACAUGGAGUAUGACACAACAUAGAACGUGACACAAGACAGAACAUGUCAGUUGUAAUUUCACUCAGACUUGAUCGGACAUGUUGCUGGUCCCUGUGAGGAAAGGGCUUAUUUCUGGCUCAGGGUUUGGGUUUGGGUAAACGUUACAGUCAGCUCAAGGGUCCGGAAUUAUGGACAAUUUUAUGUUCAAUGUGAAUAUGGUUGUGGUCUACAAGGAUAGUAAAAUUGUGUGUAAGAUUUAGUAUCCGGUACCUAAUUAUCUGAACAGUGGAAAAACCUGUCUACUUUAGUGGUUGUGUCUUUGGCUUCUCCCAGAGAUUCAGAAACGGUUCAACAACUCAUCUAGAGGCAUACCAAAAAAAUUUCAUAAGCCACUUUCCAGAGAAAUAAGGUAUAACUUCAACCACACUUGAAAAGGGUAUCCAUGCUUUUUCUGUUCCAUCAUAAGCGUGUCUGGUUAGAAACUGCAGUGCAGUCAUCACCACAGCACUCCUGUUUAUUCAGCGUGGCUCCCAAAGGAAGAGUAGCAGAUAAUACAAAAUAAAUAAUGACUUUAUGGCACUCCUUGGGGGGCUUAGUCGACAAUGGGUGAAUCCUUCUAACCUUGAUUAUGUGGCCCUCACUGUCUCUGGUAAUGGAGAUUUUUGUCCAUUUUCACUUUUCUUAUUUUAAUGUGUUUGUUUCUCAGCUUUUAUAUUGUAUGAUAACGUAUUUUGUUAACUUUAUUCGUUUCCUCAAAUAUUCAUGAAUUCAAUAAAUAUAUUUAAAACAGUGAA